AUGGCCAGCAACACAUCAUCACCCCAACCCCUCCCCCCGCCCAUGGCCUUCGCCUCCUGGCUCACCCAGAACGAAUCCCUCCUCCAGCCCCCCGUAAACAACUACUGCCUCUUCAGCGGCAAGGACAUGGUCCUCAUGGUCGUAGGCGGGCCCAACACGCGCAAUGACUACCACAUCAACGAGACCGAGGAGUGGUUCUACCAGCUCAAGGGUGCCAUGUGCCUCAAGGUCGUCGAGACGGACGCCCAGGGGAACGAGGCCUUCAAGGACGUCGAGAUCAAGGAAGGCGAGAUGUUCCUGCUGCCAGGCAACACGCCGCACAACCCGUGCCGUUUCGCAGACACCAUCGGCCUGGUCAUGGAGCGCGUGCGGCCCGAGGGGAGCCUCGACCGCCUGCGGUGGUACUGCAAGAAGGGCGGGCACGAGAGGCCGACUGUGAUUCGGGAGGAGGCGUUCCACUGCACGGAUCUGGGGACGCAGCUGAAGCCGCUGAUCAAUCACUGGAGGGAGAACGAGAGCGUGAGGAAGUGUCCUGUCUGUGGGGAGGUGGAGGAUCCGCAGUGA